AUGUCAAGCUUUGAUGGCCUGUCCAGAGAAGAGCUGAUGCAGAAGGUUGUAGAGCUCCAACAAGGCCUCGCGGAACUCUCGGAAAAGGUGGACACCGUGAAAGGUGAGAACACGCAAUUGAGAGAGGAAAACAAUGUCCUGAAGGACUACCUGAACAAUUUAAUGGCGAAGGUUGGCAAGAUGCCCAACCUGGGAACCACAGCGCCUUCGAAAGUCAUGCUGCAGCAAAACCCUGAUGGGGCCCAAUCAGUCAAGGUGAACGACCACAUUGGAGAGCUCACAGCUCCUGCUGUAGAGGACUGA